CCCGCCGCCUCCGCCUCGGCCUCCGGUUCCUUCUCCGACCCGCGCAGCCGCGCGCCUCCGGCGUCGCAUCACCCGCACCCGCAGCCGCCGCAUCUCCUCCACCCCAGCCACUCCCUACCCGCCUUCCCCGCCGCGGCCUCCCGCUCCGCCGCCGCCGUCUGGCCCCCUCCCCCGGGGCCACACCACUCGGGCUCCCUCCUGGAGUUCGCCGCCGCCCCGGCCUCGCGCGCGCACCGCCCUCCCGCCCGCUCCGCGGCGCGCGCCGACCGACCGCCCCCGCUCGAGCUGCGCCCGCGCCCGCCCAGGGAGUCGCAGGCCCGCGCCGCGCUCCGCGCGCUCGCCUGCUGCCGCGAUGCUUCCCGCGGCGGCGCCCGCCUGUGCCUGUGGGCCGCGGGCGAGGCCGGUGUCAGGGCGUGGGACCUCGCGGACGCCUUCCGCUUGCCGCCGGCUCGGCAGCGCUGGGGCGACGAGGCAGCCGCGCCCUUCAGGGAGUCGAGCAGGACGCCGCAGGCGCUCUGCCUCGUGGCGGACCCCGGUCGUGGGGUGGUGUGGAGCGGCCACGCGGACGGCCGGGUCAUGGGGUGGAGCGCGGAUCCUGGACCGGACGCGGGGGAGUGCCUCGCGUGGGAGGCGCACCGUGGGCCGGUCUUCGCGUUUGGCCGUCUCUCCCUACGGGAUUCACGCACUAAGGAGCUUCUAAAAGUGGUAAAUAUUGACGGCCAAGUUGAUACCCGUUUCGACAUCUUAUCUGCUCAGGAUCCAUGUAGCUAUGAAACAAAGCAAACCUUAUUCUCCUCUCCAAGGAAAGAGAAAGCUCGCAGUCCUGUUGGUUUCUUGCAGAGAUCACGAAAUGCUUUGUUGGGAGCAGCUGAUGCAGUCCGGAGAGUUGCUGUUAAAGCAGGUUUUGGAGAUGACACUCGGAGAAUAGAAGCAUUUACAAUGUCGACGGAUGGGAUGAUCUGGACAGGAUCUGCAAAUGGCUCUCUUGCCCAAUGGGAUGGUAGUGGUAACCGCUUGCAAGAGUUCCUGCAUCAUUCAUCAUCUGUUCAAUGCAUUUGCAGUUUUGGAACAAGAUUAUGGGUGGGUUACAUGGAUGGCAGCAUCCAGCUGUUGGACCUUGAAGGAAACUUGUUAGGCCAAUGGGCUGCACAUAGUAGUCCAAUUCUGAGUAUGGCUGUUGGAGGUUCAUAUAUCUUUACACUGGCUGGUCAUGGAGGAAUCCGCGGAUGGAACUUGUCAUCCCCAGGGCCUCUUGACAGCAUUUUGCGUUCAGAGUUGAUUGAGAAAGAUGCAUCAUACAAAAAUUUUGAAUAUAUGAAAGUAUUAGUAGGUUCGUGGAAUGUUGGGCAAGAAAAGGCAUCCUAUGAAUCUUUAAGAGCUUGGCUAAAACUCCCGACACCAGAAGUUGGAGUUAUUGUAGUUGGAUUGCAGGAGGUAGACAUGGGUGCUGGUUUUCUUGCAAUGUCUGCUGCCAAAGAAACGGUAGGGCUAGAGGGAAGUCCAAAUGGAGAGUGGUGGUUGGAUGUCAUUGGCCAGAUUUUGAAGGGCCACUCCUUUGUGCGUGUUGGUUCAAGGCAGAUGGCUGGAUUAAUCAUUGCUAUAUGGGUCAGAAUAAAUCUUAAGCAGUUUAUUGGGGAUAUUGACAAUGCAGCAGUGGCAUGUGGAUUAGGGCGAGCAAUCGGCAACAAGGGAGCAGUAGGAUUGAGAAUGAGAAUACAUGAUAGAAGCAUUUGCUUUGUAAAUUGUCAUUUUGCUGCACAUAUGGAAGCUGUGAGCAGAAGGAAUGAAGACUUUGACCAUGUAUUUAGAUCAAUGACAUUUUCUUCCCCUUCCAAUGGAUUAUUGACGACAUCAGUUUCUGGUUCUGGUACUCAGCUUCUUCGAGGAGCAAAUGGAUCAGGACUGCCCGAGUUGUCAGAUACAGACAUGAUUGUGUUUCUUGGUGACCUCAACUACCGGCUUUCUAAUAUUUCUUAUGAUGAGGCAAUGGGCUUGGUUUCCCGUAGAUGCUUUGAUUGGCUGAGAGACAAUGACCAGCUACGAGCAGAAAUGAGAUCUGGAAGAGUCUUCCAGGGGUUACGUGAAGGAGAAUUCAAGUUCCCCCCUACUUACAAAUUUGAGAAACACAUAGCAGGCUUAUCAGGUUAUGAUAGUAGUGAGAAAAAGCGCAUUCCAGCCUGGUGCGACAGAAUCCUAUAUCGAGACAGCCGAGCUAGUUCGGAAACUGAGUGCUCUUUGGAAUGUCCUGUGGUUGGUUCAAUAUCACUGUAUGACUCUUGCAUGGAAGCAACAGACAGUGAUCACAAACCUGUAAAAUGUGUGUUCAAUUUAGAUAUUGCUCAUGUCGACAAGCAAACAAUGAGGAAGAAAUAUGGGGAAAUAAUGACCUCAAAUAAGAAAGUGCGGUACUUGCUUGAGGGUAUGGAGGCUUUCCCUGAAGUAAAUAUCAGCACUGAUGAUAUCAUUCUGCAAGAUCAAAACCCUUCUGUUGUGAAAUUACAAAACAGAAGUACAAAAGAGUUGGCUUGUUUUGAGAUCAUUGGUCAGAUACCAAACUCGUCUGGCACACCUUUUUCAGGUUUCCCUUCUUGGCUGAAGGUUUCUCCAGCAGUUGGUAUGAUUUCUCCAGGACAAUCAGUGGAAGUGACAUUGCAACAUGGACAACUACGAAGUCAGGACUAUCUUUCUGGAACCUCAGGGAAUAGUUCUGGAGCUGACCAAGAAAAGGCUGCAACGCUGCUGGUGACGGUCACUGGAGUGUACUCGACAGCCAGGAGAGAUCACAAGAUACAUGUACAGCACCAGAACGGCAGGGACGCAUUUCCGGCAAGAGGUUACAACUUUGCGGAUCGAUUCUUUGGUUGAGGCAUGGUUGUGAAGCUAAUUUAGUUUGUGGAUCAGAGAGGUUGGAACUACUGGGCGUGUGAUGACGCAUAGCCGGUUUUUCUUUUCAUCUAAGUGUGCAUAGAAAUUGAAUGUUGUAGGGAAAAAAAUCUUAUUGUGAGAGUGACAGCAAAAAAGGGUUUCUUGAUGUAAAAUUUAUCGUCCCAAAGAAAAUUUUUGAACAAGUACGGCGAUAUAAACUGCAAAGCUGAUAUUUUCUGAA